AUGUCUAAGCUGCUGCGCAAGUGCGCCAAUUUUGGCUAUCAGGAGCGAGAGAUCUGCAUUGCUUUCGUAUUCGGCACACAGGAAGAAAAUAUAAUUAUUGUCCUAGAAAAUGAUGAGGUGCUCGCCUUUGGAAAAAACCAAAAAGGGUGUCUUGGAGCUGGCGUUGAAGGUGAAGUGGAUGAGUUCAAGCGCAUUGAGAAUUUGUGUGGGCGAAACAUUGAAGGUUUUGAAUACGGUGGUUUCAUCGGUGCUGGCGGUGAAUUGAAGUUCAGCAUUUUUGCCAUCUCUAGAUCUGGUGGCGUAUUCUCUUGGGGAGAAAAUUGCGACGGACAGCUUGGAUUAGGAACAAAAGAAUACACCAAAGUGCCCACCAAAAUUUCAGGUUCUCUAGAGCACAAAAAGGUUGUUCAAGUGGCUUGUGGCGGUUUACAUACGCUAGCAUUGACGUCAGAGGGAGAGGUAUACGCAUUUGGUUGGAAUUGGUAUGGCCAAUUAGGUUUGGGCACCAAAGACAACCAAUCGCUUCCACAGAGGGUUGGCGGACUGCUGCAUGGGACAAUUGUAACCUCAGUUGCAUGCCAAAAAGUAUCUUCUUUUGCGCUCUUACAAUCAGGAAAGAUUUGCGCUUGGGGCAACCUAAAAGGCAAGCUAGGCUCAUCUUCUACCUCAGACAAGGAAUAUAGUCCCUGCAAGUUGAUCGGCUUGGAAAGAGUCGUAAUUACCCAAAUAGUUUGUGGAGGCGAAGUCACUCUCGCUUUAUCUGACGACGGGGUAAUUUACUCAUGGGGAAUCUAUGAGGGCCAGCCGUUGGCAAAUUGGACUUCUGACUAUGUCGAGAAAAAAUUUAUCAAAGUUUCUACAGAUAUUGGAAGGGUUAAAGAAAUUGCUGCCACUCAUUACGGGAGCCAUCCUUGCGCUGCAAUCACUGAAAAAAAACAGGUUUUCAUUUGGGGCAAUUGCAAAGGUAAAUUUGUUGAAAAACCAAUCCUCACUUCCUUCUCGUCAUUGGACGAAGUUUUCGCUGACGCCGCUCCUCCAGUCACUAUCCAAGAAUUUCAAUUGAAAAAACGGCAAUGCUCAAUAAUCAAGCGUCUUCAAGAAGCGUUUGACAAACCUGAAACAGCUGACUUUGUAUUCAUUGUCGAGGAGACGGAAAUCCACGUGCACAAGAUUAUUUUGAUCUUGGGCAGCAAUGUGUUCAAGAAUUUGUUCCUUGGCGAUUGGAAGGACAGUUGCCUAAGAGAGCAAAUCGUCGAGAAUUACAGUUACGACGCUUUCUACUCAUUCCUCAAGUACUUCUACACUGGUGAAGUUGAUUUCACACCUGAACAUGCUCUUGAUGUUUAUGCCGUGGCCCACUUCUAUCUGGUGUCUGAUCUUUUGAACGAGUGCGAAAAGAUUAUCAAAUCAGGUCUUACAAUGCAAAACGUUGCUGCUGUUUACGAGAAAGCAAUCCUGUUUGGAGCCAAGGACCUGUGUGAGUGUUGCUUUCAAUUUUGCAAGAAGAAUUGGUUUGGUGUCAUGCACAGUUUUGAGUCUGAUGAGUGCAAGAGAGAAGUCUUCUUGGAAGUUUACCGCUGGGCGGCAAAUGGAAAGAAAAACUGAUGGAAUAGUUUUUGUCAUUGAUUUGAUUGCGUUCAU